AUGCGUUUUUUGAUUUUUCUUUUGUUGGCGGCGAUCUCGAGGGGCCCCCAAGCAGCAGAGGCGGGUUGGCCUGGCAGCAGGCGCGCUGCAGCCGCCGACUCAGUCUUGGCUUCUUCAGACGCAGCCACUUUCACCCCCGAGGGCUCUUAUUACUUAAGACAAGCAUCUCCUUGGGAAGAUGCUCCACUGUACAGCACUCCUGGGCCCGGGGGGGCGCAGUGGAGGGGGGAGUCGGGCGUAGGCUCUGCAGCAGCGGCAGCAGCAGCGGCAGCGCAAGCAGCAGCUACUGCAGCAGCUGCUGCAGCCCCCUACGUCCACGUCCACGCUGCAGCAGCAGGCGCUGCCCCGCAGCAGGUCCGCCCCUGGGGCUCGCUGCAGCGCCUGGCCCGGGCUCUGGGCCACCCCGCUGUGCUGCUGCGCGCAGCUUUGCUGCGGCACUUUUGCCUGGCUGUUGUGCAGCUGAGAAGCCCCUUUUUGGGCCUCCGAAGCAGCGGCGCUGCUGCGCACCGAGGCAGCAGCAGCAGCAGCAGCAGCGAGCAGCAAGGCAAAGAAAUAGUGGGAGAAGCAGAAGUGGCGGCGCUGGCGGCGAAGCUCGCGGGCGUGGUGGGGUCCGCUGGACAUACAGCCGAAGCGGGAAAGCUGUGGACGAAGCUGAUGCUUCUGCAGUUCGAAAGACUUGUCAGUGAAAGUGAAAAGCUUCUUUUUGAAGUUGCAAGACAAGGCAAUCCCGCGUUAAUGGUGUUUGCACUUAGCCGGAUUGUGCCUCCCGUGAUGAAGGGUUUCUCUUACCUCGAAAGCUUUCCGAGUUCGGGAGUUUCGGGGGUCUUGGAGCCAGUUCGGGUUUCGCUGCUGCGGCGUGCCAGGGAGCUCGACUUGGCUCUCCUGGCAGCUCAAAAUGACCCUUUUAUUGUUCAUAAAUUCAGCAAAGAUAUAACUGAAGAGGAACUGCAAAGAGAAAGGGAACUGGCUGCGUUGGAGGGGGGCGCCUACGCGCCCGUGCAGCCGGUCUUUGCAGAAAGCUUCCCCGCGGGUGGGCGGGGCUUCAAGCAGCAGCCCCAGGCGCAUUUGCCGGCACUCCUGCUGGUUUGUUUUCUUCUUUUUAGUAUUUAUUCAUCAUUUAAACCUCUAAAAUCCAGGCGGAAGGCGCGGGCGGAGGCGCCGGAGGCGCAGGAGGGGUGGAACGACCUGGAGCCGGACGCAGGUGUACGUACACCCGGGGAAGCGCGCGCCGGCGGCGCGCCCGCCGCACCGCCGCCGCGUCCAGAGUGGCCGCGUCAUUAUCCCAAAAGUGCAGAGUCUGCUAUUUAUGAAAAUGAAAUGUUUGAAGAAAACUUAGGAGCUCCAGAAGAACCCCGAGGCGGGCUCUUCCCGCGCGAACACUUCCUCCCGGGGCUCCCCCCCAGCGCCUACGCCUACGCCCCACCCCCGUACUACACCCACAGGCAGCCUCCUACAGUUCCCUCAGCCCCUCCGAUUCCCCCUGGGGGUUUCGUUGCAGAUCUGAGGCCUCCGCCUCCGAGUUACUGGGACGUGGUGGGUUUGCCGGGCCCUGGCUCCAGCCCUCCCUGA